AUGAGCGUUUCAUCUGCGGAUUGGGAUACUCUAUCCAUGAAACUUGAUAAUUCUAUUGUUGACUCCACUUUAUUUAAGUCAAAUGAUAGUCUUAAGGAACCAAGCUUGUCUACUGCAAUUGAUCUGAAUGAUUAUAAAAUUGUACAAUUUUUAGCUAAGACUAAAGGUGGUCUUAUAAAUAGUAAUUUCAGAAAGAAAGCGUGGCCUUUAUUACUCGGUGUUGAUAUGGAGAAAUUUCAUGGCCUAUGUGCUUCAAGAUAUUCUGUUGAUUGGAAGUCCAAACCCCAACAUAAGGACGAAGAUCAGGUUUCAUUAGAUGUUGAUAGAUCGUUCAUAUAUUACGCAGAAAACGGAUCAGAUAGCGUUAAAACUGAAUUGAAAUCAAAGCUAAAUGAUUUAAUCUUACGGAUUUUAAGAGAGAAUCCACAGUUAUGUUAUUACCAGGGAUAUCAUGAUAUUUGCUCUGUCUUUCUAGUGAUUUUCAGUAAUGAAAUGGAAUUAUGUUUCCAAUGUGUUCAAAAUUUCACUUUGUUAUAUCUAAGAGAUUUCAUGAUGCCCAGCAUAAAUGAAUCUAUAAAGAUCCUGAAACUCAUUCCACCAUUGGUUCAGAAAGUUGAUGCACAGAUUUAUAAUGAAUUGUUAUUGGGUGAUAUCGAACCAUUUUAUGCAAUAUCACCUCUAAUAACGCUGUUUUCUCAUAAUAUCACUUCGUUCAGUUCAAUAUCUCAAAUAUUUGAUGGUAUACUAGCAAACGGCUCGUUAGGGAUAAUAAUUUACUACUAUAUCUCUCUUCUGUUAAGUCAAAAGGAGAACAUUUUUCAGAAAAUUUCAUUGAUGGAGGAGGAAGAUUGUUUUACUAAACAAGAUGUUAUACAUGAUGUACUAUCUAAAUUUAUCCUGAAUAUUGAGAAAAACACUAUUGAGCAAAGUCUUGAAGACUGUACCAAAAUUACAAAACGAGCUCCUUUAGAAAAAUUAUUACCAUUCCAUCAAAUUCAGCGAAAUAGUGUUCUUAGAACUAGCCCAUUGAUUAAUGAUCUUGAUAUAAAAGAAAUAAAGGAUAGAUUAGCAUUUAUCACAGAAGCUAUAUUGGAAGACCAGGUCGAGGGAUCGAAAAUAACGGAUCCUUCUUCUAAAGCUACUAGGUUCUCGAUCAAAGACGCAUUAGCUAAGAAACAAAAUCAAACAUUAUUCAAAAUGUCUUUAACUAUCGGGAUAAUAGGCCUUCUUUUGAAUAUUAUUUUGAAGAAAAAUGAAGCAUUUCAAUUACAAACACCCAUUACUCAGUUAUGGAACACUCAUAGUGAAAUAAUUAACAUUGGAAUACGACCAAUUCGAGAUUUACUACCUAAAUUUUUUUAA